CGCAUUUAACCAGAGGAAUCAGAAAUAUGACGCACUUAUUUUGCGUGUGUAUUUCGGGAAAUGACUAACAACAGAAUGGAACCUAUAAAUGCUUGCUACACUCUUCAUAGUAAAACAACAACUUUGACUUCGUAUAGAAACACAAAUUCAAAUUAUGCAGAAUUCACUACAGCUGAUUUGGUUUUUAUAUGUAUUGCUCAUCAUAAACAUAUCCAUUGUUUCUUCUUAUACUGGUAAAGUGGGCUAUAGUAGCAGUUCUAACUACGGAUCGAACUUAAAUAACUAUAAUAGCGCAUCGAACUUAAAUAACUAUAAUAGCGGAUAUGGAUCAAACUUAAAUAGCUAUAAUAGCGGAUAUGGAUCAAACUUAAAUAGCUAUAACAGCGGAUAUGGAUCAAACUUAAAUAACUAUAAUAGCGGAUAUGGAUCAAACUUAAAUAACUAUAAUAGCGGAUAUGGAUCAAACUUAAAUAACUAUAAUAGUGGAUAUGGAUCAAACUAUAAUUCUGGAUAUGGAACAAAUUACAACUCUGGAUAUGGUACAAAUUACAACUCUGGAUAUGGAACUAACUACAAUUCAGGAUAUGGAACAAAUUACAAUCAAGGAUAUCCUACAAAUUAUAGAUAUACGAAAGGUUACGGAAGCGGAUAUGGUUCUAAUUAUGCGAAGAACUUCUACAACACAUUUCCAUUCUUCUUUAUGAACCCAUUCGGUUCCGGUUACAAUGGAUUUCAAUCAGGAUUUCCAUGGUCUCCUUUUAGUUCAUUUCCAUGGUCGUAUGGUCAGCGCUCGGGAUUUAAUCCAUACGGACAUAAUAUGUAUGGAGUUCACCCAUUGUUUCGAUAUACUGGUAAUUAUGGUGUGUACCAAAAUUAUGGUUAUGGAAACAAACAUUUUCCCCAUAGGAAUCACAUGAUGUUACCCGUACCAGUAGGAAUGCCAUUUGGAGGCCAUUCCGAUCAAUUUAUUUUUCAUCACAGACCUUCACUUGGUGAAAGAAUUAUGAACAGUCCAUUUUUGCCUGCAGCCCUAAUAGCAGUUCCUCUUUUGUUGCUUGCCAAAGGAAAAAAAUAAAGAAAAGGUUAUAAACAGCAUUACCAAAGCCAAGAUGUCUCCAAAUGACUCCUGCUAGAAUUGCAGUCUCCAAAUGACCCCUGCUAGAUUUGCAGUAUCCAAAUAACCCUCACUAGAUUCGCAGUGUUUAAAACGAACAUGUAUCAUUUAUAUAAGAAUUUCUGUUAUUACAAUGUAUUUAUAUCGUUUUAAUUUAUAUAGUCUUUUUGAAAGGUGCAAUAAAAUGUUGUCGUAUAAGUAGUCUAAUACUCUAAUCAAUUGUUAUGAAUGUUUUGUACAGAAAUAAAGUUUUUUAGAUAAA